GUUUAAUUGAAGUGAAGUACACUCGAACAAAGUUCACUAAAAUAUAUUUAGACCACAUGGAAACGUAAUAAAUAUUAGAAUCUAUCAUUUAACCAAUCAUAAAUAAGAGAAUUACUAUGAAUUAACCGGUACUAUUAUUAUUAUUAUUUUGUUCUUUAACAUCAUUAUUAAUCAUAAUAAGGUACUUGUUGCUACUAUUAUUAGUAUCAUUGCUACUAUUAGUUCAAUAUCCAAUAAUAUUUCCCAUGAAAAUAUUAGUAUAAAAAAGAAGGAACAUCCCUAACUACUAUUGUAUAAAUAUAUAGACAAUAUACUCACUGAAUUACUAAUUAUUAUCAUCAUCAUUUCAGGAUGUCAGUUUUCAAUGGUCAUCAUAAUGAUUAUUUAAAAAAAGAAAUCAAUGGGCUUAGAAAAUGGAAAAUAAAUGGUGAGCAAAUAAUUGAGAAAUCAAUUAAUAUACAAGAAAAUGGGAAACACAGUAACAAUCAUGAUGAUAAUCAUGAAGGUAUUUUACAGAAUGAGGAACAAAAUAAUCCAAUGAAAAAUGGUUGUAUAUUAAAUGAAAAUGAAAAUGGGACAAAAAAUGAUACUUUGAAAAUUGAAAAAUUCAAUGAUGAUAAUAAUCAUAGUUACAUAAAUGGUGAUAAUAAUGAUAAUUUUGUACCAAUAUGUAAACCUGGACGUUUCAUUUGUCGAGGAUUGUAUACAGAUAUACCACAUUUAUGCUCUGAAACUGGUUAUUUAAUCUGGAUUGAACCAAAACAAACUAUGCAUGUUUUAUUUACUUAUGGAGAUACAAAUUGUGAUUUUUUAUGUUAUUUAGAACCAGAAGUUCCAGGUGUUGCAAUAAACUAUUUGGAGCCUAACAGAAUAAAACAUUUUCAAUAUUUUAAUGAAAAUGACUACAGACCAAUACAAAUUCAUUCAGGAUUAGCAGCAUCAAUAAAUGGUUCCACUGGUACUAGAUAUUCAUGUAUGGGAUCAUUGUUUAAUACAUUUUCUUAUGCAAUCUAUUCAGAAAAUGCUCAAUGUUUUAUUGAAUUAAAUGUUUUGAAUAAAAAACAAAUGAGUGAAUUAACUGAACCAAUUUCACGUCCAUUCAAACUUAACUUUCGUUUAGUUCUUUAGUGUAAGCAGGAUUAUCUUAGGAGUCUUUAUUUGUUUACUUCUAUUAGAAAAAUAUAGAAUGGAGGUCUGUCAUUCUGGAAAUAUUUGAAUGAUAAUCUUUUUCACAUACAUUAGUUUAUAUGUCAUCGCAUUUUCAGACUAUUUGCACUGUUGACAUAUGUGUUAACUAAAAGCUGUAUUAUAUUUGGUCAAACUACUGCAAAUGACUUUGUUUAUCUCUAAAUGUAACUUCAUUUUCAUGAACUAUGGCUUGUUUCAAAAGUUUCAAUAAAGAUUUAAUCAACUCAUCCUUUUUUGAUAUAUCUGGAUCAAAUUUCAAUGUUCAAAUAUUUGCUUGGCUGUAAACUAUUAAUUUUCAUUAUUUUCAAUCUUAUUUUAUUUGAUGCCCAAAAUAAAUAUUUUUUAAAAGCA